AUGGAGGAAGUAGCCCAGGAAACUGGAAAAAGAGCUGGCAAAGCUCAAAGCAUUUUUCGAACUGGAGACAGAAAAGACAAUACGCGUUUAGCGUAUGCAAGUGGAGUUUCCGGUUUUGGACGUGUCUUGGAUCAACAGGUUUCACUUGACUCACACACGAACCAAAACCCAGAAACCAAAAACCGAGAAAUUGAAGAAAUUCGAGACGCCCAAACUGGGAAUCAUAUAGGACUUUUAUCGAACAUGUGGUGGACAGAUUUGAGAGCUGCAUUAGGCCAAAGAAUUAACGUAGAAGGCAUUGUUUCUUCGGUCUCUGUAUUUGUAAAGGACCGGCAUUUGGCUCUGCCUCACGUUGUAGUGCCUGACAUAAGGCACGUUGAUUGGGGAGAGUUGCAAGGGAGAGGCUUUAAAGGUGUGGUGUUUGAUAAGGAUAACACCAUCACUGUGCCUUACUCUUUGACACUUUGGGAUCCUCUUGGUUCGUCGAUUGAGAGGUGUAAAUCUGUUUUUGGGAAUGAUAUUGCUGUGUUUAGUAACUCUGCUGGUAAUUUUGGCGACCCUUAUUUAGGUCUCUACGAGUAUGAUCAUAAUGGUUCAAAAGCCAGGGCACUGGAGAAGGCAAUUGGAAUUAAAGUAAUAAGGCACAGGGUAAAGAAACCAGCUGGAACAGCUGAAGAAAUUGAAAAGCACUUUGGCUGUAAAUCCUCACAACUUAUUAUGGUGGGUGAUCGGCCCUUCACAGACAUUGUUUAUGGAAACCGAAAUGACUUUUUGACUAUAUUAACGAAUCCACUGAGUCUCACGGAGGAACCAUUCGUUGUUAGGCAGGUGCGGAAACUAGAAAUGAUUCUUAUGAACUAUUGGUUUAAAAAAGGAUUGAAGCCAAUCAGUCAUGAUCUACUGCCAGAUGCCAAGCAAUGCGUAAAAGAUCCAUCACCUUUGUAG